AUGCCUGUGACGAGGAGAGAUUUAGCUGGACAGAGAGGCAAGGCUAUGACAGAUGAGGGUACCAGUCGGGUGGCACCAGUAUAUGUGGGCCAGGGUGAGUCCCAAAGUGAGGCUCUAUCUCGAUCUUCUCAAAACCCUUCCAUUCCAGAUGGGUACAGAGGGGCUGCAGCUAUAACACCCCCAGUUCCUCCACAUGAUACACUCGGCCAGGAGAUGUGGGAUGCUAUUCGGUUAUUGACUCAGUUAGUGGCCGCUCAAGCCCAACGUCAAGGCAUGGGUACCGGUUAUGCUGAUUGGAAUGUUAGUACCAGGGUUCGAGACUUUAUCAAUUUGGACCCUCCAGGCUUAGAGGAGUGGAAGCAGCAGCAGCGAGCUGAUCGAGAGCGUGAUAGGGGCCAGAUCUACUCUCGAUCAGAGGCUGAGCAUGCGGAUCAUUUGCGUGCUGUGCUCAGGGUUCUUAAGGAUAAGAAGCUGUAUGCAAAGUUCUCCAAAUGUGAGUUCUGGUUGAACUCCGUGGCUUUUCUUAGACAUGUUGUAUCAGGUGAAGGCAUCAGGGUUGACACCCAGAAGAUAGAGACUGUGAAGACAUGGCCUAGAUUCACGACACCGACUGCGGUUCGUAGUUUUCUAAGGUUGGCAGGAUAUUACAGGAGAUUUGUAAAGGGCUUUGCCUCUCUUUCAGUACCAUUGACAAAGCUAACACAAAAGGCAGCUAAGUUCAAAUGGACAGACACGUGCGAGCGAAGUUUUCAGGAGUUGAAGAACAGACUGACUUCAGUGCCAGUUUGGACACUUCCAGAGGGAUCAUAG